UCUUUCCCGGCAGGCACCGCGCUCAGGAAGAUGGCGGCGGGGACGGAGCACAAGUUGCUGAGUGCUGGACCCACAGAACCGUGGUCUAUCCGGGAAAAGCUAUGUUUGGCUUCUUCUGUCAUGCGGAGUGGAGACCAGAACUGGGUAUCUGUCAGCAGAGCCAUCAAACCUUUUGCAGAGCCUGGCCGCCCACCUGAUUGGUUUUCUCAGAAGCACUGUGCAUCCCAGUAUUCUGAGCUCCUGGAAACAACAGAAACUCCAAAAAGAAAACGUGGUGAGAAAGGAGAGGUGGUAGAAACUGUAGAAGAUGUUAUUGUGAGAAAACUGACAGCAGAACGGGUGGAGGAGCUGAAGAAGAUGAUAAAGGAGACCCAGGAGAAGUAUAGGCAGCUGAAAAGGGAUGCAGAACUAAUCCAGGCAGGUCAUAUGGACCACAGGCUGGACGAACUGUACAAUGAGAUUGUGAUGAAAAAAAGAAUGGAAGAAGAGGAAGCAGAGGUGAAGAGGAAAGCUACUGAUGCUGCUUAUCAAGCUCGGCAAGCAGUGAAGAAUCCAUCACGAAGAUUGCCAGGAAUGAUGGUCCGUUCUCCAGCAGGCUCAACCUCGCCAGGAGCAGACUACACUCUGGGGGAUUUAUCUCAGCCCAGUGUGGAAGAGGUUAGUCCAGGGGUAACUCCAGGGACAUUGCCCAGCACCCCAGUUGCCUCCUUCAUUGGGAUCCCUGACACCCCCAUGGGCUCCACCACCAUGGAUGCCCCCAUGACCCCAGUCACAGAUGAUUCAGCCCAGAAAAAGAUGCUAGGACAGAAAGCAACUCCGCCUCCUUCUCCUCUGCUUUCAGAGCUGCUGAAGAAGGGCAGCCUCCUGCCCACAAGCCCCAGGCUGGUGGGUGAAAGCGAGAUGUCCAUUGUUUCCAGUCAUGCAAGCAGUUCUAGUAUCCUCUUGGAGGUGGGAGGGGUUCUCCCGGUGUUGCAUGGCGGGGAAAUGCAGUCUGCUGCUACCACUGUUCCUGCAUCCCCUGCUGCUUCAGGUGCUCCUACUCUCUCCCGCCUUUUAGAAGCUGGUCCAGCACAAUUCACCACAUCGCUUGCUUCCUUUUCUGCUGUUGCCAGUGAACCUCCAGCCAAACUCCUGCCUCCCCCUGUAGAGUCCGUGUCUCAGGCAACCAUAGUCAUGGUGCCCACACUGCAAGCACCAGCUGCUGUGCCACCUGCUGCAACUCCAGAAAAUGUAGCGACAGUGAGUCAGCCCAACACCUGUGUUUCCAUGGAGGCAGUGCCUGAUCCUCACACUGUGACAGUGUCAAUGGACAGCAGUGAAAUUUCCAUGAUCAUUGAUUCCAUCAAGAAAGAUUGCCUGGGCUCUGGGGCAUCUGGUGCUGUAGGGACCUCCAAAGACCAUAGCGUGGAUGGGAAGGAAGACCUAGAUCUGGCUGAGAAGAUGGAUAUUGCAGUUUCCUACACAGGGGAGGAGCCCUCCUACACUGGAGAAGAACUGGAUUUUGAGACGGUUGGGGACAUUAUUGCCAUCAUCGAGGACAAGGUGGAUGACCAUCCUGAAGUCUUGGAUGUGGCAGCAGUUGAAGCUGCUUUGUCUUUCUGUGAAGAGAUUGAGGACCCACAGUCACUGACGGGCCCCUGGGAGCACCCGCUUCAGCGAGAGCACCCAAUACAGCAGGAACACGAGAAGCGGAACACUCUCCCCCAGAUGGCUGUGACUAUCAAGCAGGAGAGACCAGACUGUGAGGAAUCGGAGGUGAAGGGGAUCCGAGAUCUGAUGAGCAUUGGGGAUUUGGCGACAGGCAUUAAAUUGGAGCCCACUGAGCAGGGGCAGGUCCAUUUGAGCUCCGAGGAUGCUUCUGUAAGAGCAGCCAGAGCCAGCGAAGCCUCUGAGUUGAGGGGCCAUAUCUCCGAAGAUGAAGAGACAGCAGUUGCAGGUCUGGAGGGCUCUGAAAUGGAGAUGGAAUCAACUAAGGAUGAAAUGGACCACAGUACCGUGAAAACAGAGCUCCCACCUGAUGAUGAAACGUCCUCUCCACAUGCUCCAAGUGCCAGUGAAGACUCCUCACAGGCAGACCUCCACCACAAAUAUGAGCUUUCAGAAUCAAUGAAGGAGGAAAGUCAAGCUCUGUUUGAUCACCAGAUGAAGGGUGAAGAGGAUGAGGAGGACGGUGCCAGUGAAGCUGCCAGUUUGGAGGAGCCCAAAGAGGAAGAUCCGGGUGAGGGAUAUCUCUCAGAAAUGGACAACGAGCCCCCUGUGAGUGAGAGCGAUGAUGGCUUCAGUAUCCAUAAUGCACCUUUGCAGUCUCACACCUUGGCUGAUUCCAUCCCCAGCAGCCCUGCCUCCUCACAGUUCUCUGUUUGCAGUGAGGAUCAGGAGGCCAUUCAGGCCCAGAAGAUCUGGAAAAAGGCUAUUAUGCUGGUCUGGAGAGCAGCAGCCAAUCACAGGUAUGCCAAUGUCUUCUUACAGCCUGUGACCGAUGAUAUUGCUCCAGGUUACCACAGUAUUGUACAGAGACCAAUGGAUUUAUCAACCAUUAAAAAGAAUAUUGAAAAUGGGCUAAUUCGGACCACGGCAGAGUUCCAACGUGACAUCAUGCUGAUGUUCCAGAAUGCCGUCAUGUACAACAGCUCUGACCAUGAUGUAUACCACAUGGCUGUGGAAAUGCAGCGAGAUGUGCUGGAGCAGAUCCAGCAAUUUCUAGCCACACAGCUGAUCAUGCAGACGUCUGAGUCUGGGAUCAGUGCAAAAAGUCUGCGUGGACGAGAUUCCACUCGGAAACAAGAUGCUUCAGAGAAGGACAGUGUGCCGAUGGGCUCCCCAGCCUUCCUUCUCUCUCUCUUUGACGGGGGAACCAGAGGACGCCGUUGUGCCAUUGAAGCAGAUAUGAAGAUGAAGAAAUGAUGCUGACGCCUGAUCUUUGGUGUCUUGGACCGAGGAAGCAAAAUGAGAAGUUCGCUGAUGCCAAGAAGGAAUGGGCUGUGGACGGGAAAGGGCUGGCCUGUCUGCCUCAGAGUGGGUCAUCCUGGAGCCUGUAACUGGACAAUGCCCAGAGACAAGAGAACAGCCUCUCUGCCUGUUGUAGGGCAGCUGUACUGGGGCCCUGUUAGUGUCCUCAUAUUAGCUAGCAAUUGGUGGCUAGUACGUACUGUAAUGUGAAGUGUACAGAUUUUUUUGUAUUUGUGGAGUGUAAAUGUGUAUAAUAAAUUGUAGUAGAGAAUCCUGUA